GACCAAAUAGAGGGAGUGAGAGAGAGAGAGAGAGGAGGGAGAGAGUAUUUUCAAAUCGAGAAGGCGCCCUUAAAUCUCCAUCUCCCUCGGAGCUUUUACAAAAAAAUAUAUAUUCCCCAAAUCCCAGGAGAAAUCGAUCACCCAUUUGAACUGUUCCAGCCCCCUCGUUGGUCUCCUCUCUCUCUAAGAAAUUCCAUCUACCCAUUUCUCACUCUUAUCUCUGGCUCUCUCCAAUGCUGUUUCAUCUCCCAUUAUUUCUUUCUGAGAAAAGUUAUUUCAUCGCCCAUUAUUUCUCCCCUUUUUCUUGCUUCUCGUUACAGUGAUAUUUGAAGCUCCAAGUUUUCGCAUAAAAAAACCAUGAGCGCGGUGUUACCACCUCCAGUCACUGGCAGAGAGCUCUCAAACCCCCCUUCUGAUGGCAUCACAAACCUCAGAUUCUCAAAUCACAGUGACCAUCUCCUCGUCUCUGCUUGGGAUAAGACUGUUCGACUGUACGAUGCAAGUGCAAAUACAUUGAGAGGGGAGUUUAUGCAUGGCGGUGCUGUCUUAGAUUGCUGCUUUCACGAUGAUUCAUCUGGGUUUAGUGCUAGCGCUGAUCAUACAGUAAGGAGAUUCGUGUUUGGUUCCGGUAAGGAGGACAUUUUGGGCAGGCACGAUGCUCCUGUUCGCUGCGUUGAAUACUCCUAUGGUGCAGGACAAGUUAUUACUGGUAGUUGGGACAAGACAAUUAAGUGUUGGGAUCCUAGAGGUGCUAGUGGGCAAGAUCGCACUCUUGUUGGGACAUAUCCACAGCCAGAGCGUGUAUAUUCCAUGUCUAUAGUUGGCAACCGUUUGGUGGUUGCAACAGCAGGAAGGCAUGUGAAUGUUUAUGAUGUGCGCAACAUGUCUCAACCAGAGCAACGAAGGGAAUCUUCUUUGAAAUAUCAAACGAGAUGCGUGCGCUGUUAUCCAAAUGGAACAGGUUUUGCGCUUAGUUCGGUUGAAGGUCGUGUGGCUAUGGAGUUCUUUGAUUUAUCUGAUGCUGGUCAAGCAAAGAAAUACGCUUUCAAGUGUCAUCGAAAAUCAGAAGCUGGAAGAGAUACUGUUUAUCCUGUAAAUGCUAUUGCCUUCCAUCCAAUCUAUGGUACCUUUGCCACAGGAGGCUGUGAUGGCUAUGUAAACGUUUGGGAUGGCAAUAAUAAGAAAAGAUUGUAUCAGUAUUCAAGAUACCGAACAAGUAUUUCAGCACUCUCAUUCAGCAGAGAUGGCCGUUUGCUGGCUGUGGCAUCUAGCUAUACUUUUGAGGAAGGAGAAAUACCGCAUGAGCCAGAUGCAAUCUUUGUGCGAAGUGUAAAUGAAAUUGAAGUGAAGCAGAAGCCCAAAGUGCUGCCCACACCACCACCUUAAUAGAAGUGCGUAAAUGAAAUUGAAGAAGAAGCCCAAAGUGCUGCCCACACCACCACCUUAAUAGAAGUGCGUUUAUCAAGAAGCAAUGGACAAGCAUUCUUAUAUUGUUUAAGUUUCAUACAUGAUGUUUGUCACACUAAUUUUUUGACAACACUAUUGACUGUAUCUAUCUGAAUCCGGCAGGAGCUGCCUGUGGGCCGCCUCCUCGUCGCAUGGCUUUUGAUUGAGCGAGCAUCUCAUCAUAAUUCUGGCAAAAUUAGAACACAAAAACUUGAUCAAUGGUUCAAUGUAUUUAGAGUC